UCGUGCUUUGAUUAACAACAUGUUUAAGUGGAGUGUAUAAAAACGUCGCCAGCAGCCAGCGAAAUCAUUAAAACCUCGCAUCAGGAGAAUCAACACGGCUCAGGUAAUUGCAGGUAGUGGUCCGGGAUUUAGCAGCUGCUGACCAAGACAGACAGGAUGACUACACCCAUCAAAAACCCCGAGAUCAGAUUUAAACAAUUGUUUAUCAACAACGAGUGGGUCAACGCUACUAGCGGAAAGACUUUUCCUGUCAUCAACCCGGCCAAUGGUAAAAAGAUAGCUGACGUACAGGAAGGGGAUAAGGCCGAUGUCAACAAGGCUGUAGCUGCGGCGAAAAAGGCAUUCCAGACUGGGUCUGUUUGGCGUGAUAUGGAUGCUAGUGACCGAGGCCGACUUCUGAACAAGUUGGCCGAUCUGAUAGAGCGGGACCAACUCUACAUUGCUAGCCUUGAGAGUCUCGAUAACGGUAAACCAUUUUCUGACUCCUUCAACAUUGACUUGGUCCUGGUGUGCAAGUGCCUCCGGUACUAUGCCGGGUGGACAGACAAAAUCUGUGGCAAGACCAUCCCCAUGGACGGCAACUUUUUCUGCUACACGAAACUUGAACCUGUUGGUGUAUGUGGUCAGAUUAUUCCUUGGAACUUCCCCCUACUGAUGCUGGCCUGGAAGAUUGGCCCGGCUAUCGCCUGUGGUAACGUAGUAGUCGUCAAACCGGCCGAGCAGACCCCACUGACCGCUCUCUACUUCGCCUCUCUCACGAAGCAGGCUGGUUUCCCAGCGGGUGUGGUGAACAUGAUUCCUGGUUACGGACCAACAGCAGGUGCCGCCAUCUCCGAACACAUGGACGUCGACAAGAUUGCCUUUACUGGGUCUACAGAGGUGGGUCAGAUUGUGAUGCAGGCCGCAGCACGUACCAAUUUGAAGGGAGUCACAUUGGAACUUGGCGGGAAAAGUCCUAAUGUUGUAUUUGCUGAUGCUGAUCUGGACAUAGCAGUAGAGGCGUGUCACAACGGACUCUUCUUCAACAUGGGCCAGUGCUGCUGUGCCGCGUCCAGGACUUAUGUCCAGGAAGAGAUAUACGAAGUCUUCACCAGGAAACUGGUAGACAAAGCCAAGAAACGAGUGGUCGGAGAUCCUUUCGAUCCAAGGUCCAUGUCUGGACCCCAGGUGGACCAGGAACAACUGGACAAGAUCUUGGCCCUGAUAGCCAGUGGGGUACAGGAAGGAGCCAAGCUGGAAUGUGGUGGCAGGCGUCAGGGGACCGAGGGCUACUUCGUACAGCCAACCGUGUUCACUGGUGUCACAGAAGAUAUGCGCAUUGGCAGGGAGGAGAUCUUUGGUCCCGUACAGCAGAUCAUCAAAUUUAGAACGAUGGAUGACGUCAUACAGCGAUCAAAUAAAACUACCUACGGAUUAGCGGCUGCCAUAUGCACCAAAGACAUUGACAAAGUUAUGACCUACAGUAGCCAGGUCAAGGCUGGAACAGUCUGGGUCAAUUCCUUCAAUGUGUUUGGCGCCCAGUGUCCCUUUGGUGGAUUUAAGAUGUCUGGUACUGGACGGGAACUUGGAGAAUCUGGUUUGGAGCAGUAUUCGGAAGUCAAAACGGUCAUAAUCAAAACUCCAACCAAAGUGUAGUUUGCGAUGUGAGGGAACUUUAACCCACCAGAGGAACAAGAGUUAUCCAUCUUGUGUUGGACUGUUUGUGUAGUAUGCCUUUCAGCUCAGCUCUUUUACAUGUUACGUCACGACGCCUCGCAUGCGGCAGUGUUUUUAUCCCGCUUGUUAGUAUUGUAAGCAUAUUAUAACGUACACAAUAGAAAAAAACAUGUUACACUUUCUAUUGAUCAAUAAAGGAAAUACACAUACAUUUAUCACGACAUAUAUUCAAUAUCUUUAGUAACGAUAUGUUGGCGUCAACCAACAUAAAUAGUACAUACCUUAUUGGUAAACAUUGCAAGGAGAGGAAGCAAACACCAAGCAAAGUCAGGACGGGAAGCAAAAAGCAAAUAAAGUAAAAAGACAUGAAGCAAAUAUCAACAAAAUAAAGACACGAAUUAAAAA